AUGAGAACAAUGUCUGACAGGUUAGGGAUAUUUCCUCUCAGGACAACCUCUUUCAAGUGCUUCUUUGGUUUUGAUAAUUCAAUAGAUACUUAUAAGGUGGUGAUGGUUGAUUCGAAUAAUGAUGCUUCGAAGGUGAGAAUUUUUAACUCGGGUGAUAAUAUUUGGAGAGAAAUUGAAGAUUUCCCUACUAAUGUUUAUGAAGAUGACGGAUUUUGUUUUAGAGGAACAUUAAACUGGUUGGAUGAAAAUGAGAUCAUUUCCCUCAAUUUGGGAAUAGAGACUUGCACUAAGAUGUUACUCCCUCCGGGAUUUGACGAAGUUCCUCAUACUGAUCCACAUCUCGCGCUUUUGAUGGAAUGCCUUUGUUUCUGCCAUGAUUCAAAGGGAACUCAUUUUAUCAUAAGGAAAAUGAUGGAGUUUGGAAUUACAGAGUCUUGGACCCAAUUACUCAAAGUUCGUUAUCAGGAUCUUCACAUGUAUCAAAUUGCUAAUAAUGUUCCCAUUCAUUUGUCUCCAUUGUACAUUUACAAUGGUGUUGCAGUGAUAUUCACAAGUUUUGACGAAGAUCAAGUAAUUGUCUACAACAUGAGAGAUAAUAGAGUGGAGCGAACUAGGUUUACAAUUGAAGAAAAGUGGUAG